CGCACACAAGACUGACCGUCGCGGCGAGAUUACAUAAGUUUGGCGGACUCUUGUAUCGAGGGGCGGCGCCGACUGCCCAGUUGGUUUGGUAUCGCGCCUGCUCUCCAAAGUUUUACGCGGCAUUGUUUCAAAUUUUUGCACGAGUGUUUGUCACUGUUUCAAAAGUUGGUAACGUUGCGUGUGUAUAGGCUCCAAAAGACCAACGUCAAUUGAAUGGCAAGGUUGGUGACCCUGGCCGGACCCUGGCCGUGGCGUGGAGCGCACUCCGCCUCUCUCUGACGGCCCCAUUCAGGCGCUUCCGCCUCCCGCCAUGCAACAACAAAAAUAAUGGAUUUUGUUGUUUGAUAAAAUACACUUUCCGUCAUUUCCUUCGUGUCCGUUUGUAAAAAUUACAAGUGCUGGUCCUGCCAUGCCAUUGUUACCGGGAAUUUCCCCCCCCCCUCUCUCUCUCUGCAGGGAAACGCCCGUUUGGACUCCGUGACGGAAUUGAUUCCCACGGGAGAGGCAAAAAUAAUAAUGUAAAAGGCCGCCGUAAUAUUGAGAUGGAGACACAAUUGUGCAGGCCGGGCUGCUAUGGGGUUCUUUGCGGUGUGAGAGAUGGAUCGCCGCUGCCCCUCGCGGUUCGCCCCGCCCCGCCCCGCGGCCACUGCACGGAGAGGGCUGGCUAAGGAGGCCACACGCGGCCCGCCGGGCCCGGGCCCCAGCCCCCGCCGCGCUCACAGAUGAGGCUCCCCGCUUUCUCACGUGUGUUAUGUUUCUCUCUGCGCGCCGCCGCCGCCUUCUCAUCAUCAUCAGCACCACGAUCGUCAUCAUGUGCAGAGAUAACCAUUGCCAUUAUUCCUGUCAAAAUACUAGAACGCCAUUCAGAAUGUACGAGCCUUUCUUGAGUCACCUGGUGAUCGUUUUCCACCGUUUACAAAGGAAAACUAUGAAAUGAAUCAAAUGGGAUUCCGAAAAAGAAGGCCUGCUACCGACGAGUGUGAAAUUGUGAUAGCUCCAAAGGACGAAAGAGAGCGGUUACAGGAGCCGAGACAGCGUGCCACUAGUGACUGUCUCCUGGCACACGGUGGCACAGCACCUGUCGCUCGGAGGCACGAGACGGGUGGUAACGACCGAGGAACUAUAUGAGUUGAUUUUUGACCAUUCUCCACCAUGUCCUUUGAGUGUGACGUUUGUCACAAGAAACUGAGUAGUGCUUCAGCACUGGUCGUGCACUUGAGGACGCACACAGGACGGAAGCCCUUCAACUGUACUGUGUGCAGAAAGAAAUUUAGACAAAAAUCUAACCUCAAUGUCCAUCUUCGCACACACACUGGAGAGAAGCCUUAUGAGUGUACCGUAUGCGGUGUGAAAUUUUCUCAUACCUCUACCUUGCAUAGACAUAUUGAAAAUCACACAGGGGAUAAGCGCUCUACCGGCUGUGUCUGCGUUCUGUGCAAUAAGCAAUUCUCGAGCACCAGUACCCUUCGUAAACAUCUUCUAACCAAGCAUGCAGAAGAAAAACCUUUUGAGUGCACUGUAUGCCACAAGCGUUUUGCUCGAUAUGACUAUUUGCAAAACCACCUCCGACAGCACACGGGAGAGAAGCCUUAUGAGUGCCCUAUGUGCAAGAAAACUUUUGCUGCAUCAAUCAGUCUACGUUUACAUCUUCGCACCCACACAGGAGAAAAACCAUACGAGUGCACUGUGUGCGGCAAGAGGUUUAGUCAGCAUUCUCAUUGGCGUACACAUCUCCGCACCCACACAGAAGAGAGGCCUUUCGAAUGUGUUGUGUGCAAAAAAACGUUUGCUAGGAGUGACCGUCUUCGUCUUCAUUUUCGAACCCAUUUAGGCGAUGGAACAGAGAAACCAUACGAGUGCACCAUUUGCAACAUGGCGUUUAGCACUUCCGCUGGUCUGCGUGGGCACUUAGUAACACACACAGGAGUGCGAGAGUUUAAGUGUGAUGUGUGCAACAAGAUGUAUACGUUACACCAGAGUUUGCUUGUACACCUGCGCUCACACACAGGAGAGAAGCCGUUCAAGUGUCCUGAAUGCCCAGCUGCAUUUGUGCGUCUGGAUUACCUACGAAAGCAUUUUCAAAGGAAACACUGCGAAAAAUCCGGUACCAAGGAUCGAGUACAAAACACUGUGGUGAUGAAGGUGGAGGAUGACCAUACGUGAUUCUCUCACUGUCACUGUAGUGCCCAUAAAACCAUGUUAAAAAAUAACUGUGCUCCGUACUUACUGUGCAUUUUUGUGUGUAUUUGUGUGUAUUUUUUUAUUUAUUGUGUCCCAAUUUCACCAGCAUUUAGUGAUGUAGCACAAAUGUACAACAAAAUAUUUGCAAACUGCUAUGAGCUUUUGUUGAAGGAAAAUUAAAUUUAUUUCACGUGUGAAU